AUGGCAGACUUAGAAAAGGUUGAGCAGGAGCUCAGUGCGGGUUGGGUGCGCACGGCGAAGGACUUGUUCGCCGGUGCUUCGGGCGGUAUAACACAGGUGUUGCUAGGUCAACCUUUCGAUAUUGUCAAGGUCCGCCUACAGACAACCUCUCAAUAUUCUAGCGCUCUGGACUGCGCGAAGCAGAUUCUCAAGAAUGAAGGCCCUCUCGCCUUUUACAAGGGUACUUUGACCCCUUUGAUUGGAAUUGGAGCUUGUGUGAGCGUUCAAUUUGGUGCCUUCCACCAAGCAAGAAGAUAUUUCGAAGAGCAAAACUUGAAAAAGUCCCCUCUCAACCCCGGUCUUUCUUACGCACAGUACUACCUUGCCGGUGCCUUCGCUGGUGUCGUUAAUUCUGUCAUUUCCGGACCCAUCGAACAUGUCCGUAUUCGACUACAAGCACAACCACAUGGUGCUGGACGAUUGUACAGUGGUCCCAUCGACUGCGUGCGCAAAAUUUCCGCUCACAACGGCGUCCUCCGUGGUCUGUACCGCGGCGAGGUCGUGACUAUCUUCCGUGAAGCGCAAGCCUACGGAAUGUGGUUUUUGACCUUUGAAUAUCUGAUGAACCAAGACGCCAAACGCAACAACAUCAAGCGAGAGGAAAUCUCCAGUCUCAAAGUUGCCACCUACGGUGGUCUUGCUGGUGAAGCACUGUGGAUAUUCAGCUAUCCAUUUGAUGUCAUCAAGAGCAAGAUGCAGACUGACGGCUUUGGUGUCGAGCAAAAGUACAAGAGCAUGUCGGAUUGUUUCAAGAAGACCCUCGCGGCUGAAGGAUAUGCGGGUUUCUGGAAGGGUCUUGGACCUACGCUACUCAGGGCCAUGCCAGUUUCGGCCGGUACAUUUGCUACCGUCGAGUUGGUGAUGAGAGCUAUGGGUUAG